AUGGCCUGUGCUCCACUUUCACUGCUUUACAGCCCCAAGACGAUGUCCCGCAAGAAGGCACUCCUCCUCCUCCUCUUGGCCUUCAGCACCGGCACCUUGUUGCUGCGUCAGAGUGCCCACCUUGGCUGGUUUCCAAAGUCGCCAUCUUUCAGUUGUGCUCCGCUGCUGUCCCUGCGCCCCAAGCACACUGCUGUGGCCUUCCUGAAGACCCACAAGACAGCCAGCACCACAGUGCAGAACAUCCUCUUCCGCUUUGCUGAGCGGCACAAUCUGACGGUGGCGUUGCCCCACCAUGCUUGCGACCAUCAGUUCUGCUAUCCUCGCAACUUCUCAGCCCGCUUUGUGCACCCAUACACCCUUCCGCCUCGCUUCAUUGCCAGCCACCUCCGCUUCAACCGUGAGGAGUUGCAUCGCCUCAUGCCCAAUGACACCAUCUACGUCACCAUCCUGCGUGAGCCCGUCACCAUGUUUGAGUCACUUUUCAGCUACUACAAUCAGUACUGUCCUACUUUCAAGCGGGUGCCCAACGGUUCCAUGGAAGCCUUCCUUGACAACCCUCACCGCUAUUACCGACCUCACGAGAAGUUUGCUAUGUAUGCCCGGAAUACCUUGGUGUAUGACUUAGGGGGUGACCCUGAACACAGUCCGGGUGACCCCAUGUAUCUCCCGGAGUUCAUCCACCAAGUGGAGAGCAUCUUUUCUCUGGUAAUGCUGGCUGAAUAUUUUGAUGAGUCUUUGGUCCUCCUCCGUCACCUUCUGGCGUGGGACUUGGAUGACAUUCUCUAUGUCAAGUUGAACAUGCGCAGCCCGGAGUCCAAGCUCAACAUCACCUCAGCCCGUUUGGCGGCUCAGAUCCGCACCUGGAACGCCCUUGACGCCCGCCUGUAUGACCACUUCAAUGCUACCUUCUGGCGGAAGUUGAACGAGGUGGGCCGGGACUGUGUGCAGAAAGAGGUGCAUGCUCUGCAACGGGCCUGUGAGCGCCUGGCACACCGCUGCUUUAGGGGCCAGCCCCAGCUGCGUCCUGCCAUACAGAUCAAGAACAAAGAGCUCCGCCCCUGGCAACCCAGCGCCAAAGUAGACAUUGUGGGCUAUGAUCUGCCAGGGUCGGGGCCUCCCUUGGAUGAACAGUGCCUCAAACUGGUCAUGCCCGAGGUACAGUAUUCCCGCUACCUGCUGAGGAAACAGAGUCUUAGGAACCGACGGAGGGCUGCCCCACAUCGGCCUCUCCCGCCCCGAGGACUUCUGCGCCCCCCCCGACAUCCAGUUCCUAAGGUAGCCUGAACUCCCAUUCAGCAGCC